AUGGCAAGAACCAUCAUUAUGGGCCGAGGGAGAGUUCCUUGCAUGACUACUGUUGAGCAGUACACGUGUGGAUGCAUGGGCAACAAGACGAUUGAGGAACGCCAACGAGACUGUCCCAACUGUCAAAAGAUCACCGAUGCGGCGCAACAAGAUGCCUUCUGCCUGCCGCCUGUCACGCAAAUUGACAUUCCGAUCAAAUGCAAAAAGUGCGAGCGUUCCACCGAGGAAGGUAAGGCCAGUCCCGAGAACUCAACCGUCCCUCAACCAGAACAAGACGGCUCAAAGACCGCCGAGGGUAAGUCAGCCGGUGGCAGCGAGAUCCCACAGCAGCAGCAAGCCCCUUGUACUGCACGCUUAACCCGCUUCAUCUGUGGCUGUGAGAAAGGCCCCUCUGUCGAUCGCAAACCGCUUUGUCCAAGAUGUCACCACAUCUCUCGAGCAGCGAGACAAGAUGGAAGCUGUCGUCCGUGGCUCACCGUGUCCCAGGUGCAGCGAAUCUGCGACGUCUGCAUGCUUCAUAUUGAGCAACGUGUUAGUCAGCCGCCACAAUGUCUCACCACCAUCAAAAAACGCCGGUAG